AUGGCACCCUCGGUGUCCUCCAUCAAAAGCCGACCCGUCGCUGUCCUUGGUGCUGGCGUUCUCGGCCGCAGAAUAGCAUGCACCUGGGCAGCCGGCGGGUGGGACGUACGAAUCCAUGACCCCAACGACAAACAACGCACUGCCGCGCUCCACUACAUCCAGAACAACAUCUCUACCUACAUCAAUGUUACCGGGGCUAUGUCAGGAAAUGUGCAAGCCUUUGAAGAUCUUACUGAAGCAGUCAAAGAUACAUGGACAGUCAUCGAAGCCGUGCCGGAGGAAUUAUCCUUGAAGGUCGAUACCUUUGCUGAAUUGGAGAAAGCAGCUCCGAAAGAUGCCAUUCUUGCUAGUAACUCCUCGAGUUAUAAAUCCAGUGAGAUGCUGGAGAAGGUAGGGACGGAGACUAGGAAGAGAAUAAUGAACACACAUUAUAUGAUGCCACCCGAGAACCGCAUCGUGGAGCUUAUGACGGAUGGGGAGACAAACGAAGAUAUCUUCUACUUUUAUAUGGAGAGGUUGAAGGAGUUGCAAUUGCAUCCUAUUGUGGCCAAGAGGGAGAGCACUGGGUUUGUUCUUAACCGCAUCUGGGCGGCAAUUAAGAGAGAAUGUUUGACGGUUUUGGCGGAGGGCGUUAGUUCCCCAGAAGAACUGGACAAGGUAUGGAUAGAAAUGUUUAGUGGUGGGAAUAUGGGGCCUUGUGCCAUGAUGGAUGCUGUCGGACUAGAUACCGUCAAGUUCAUUGAGGAGCAUUAUAUCCGGGAUAGAGAGUUAUCCGGGGAGAAAACGGUGGAUUUCUUGAAGAAUUAUAUUAAACAGGGGAAAUUGGGCGGCAAGAGUGGGAAAGGGGGGUUCUAUCCUGCUGGCUAUACUACUAAGACUCGGGGGGAGAACACACAUAGCCAUGAGAACCUGCACGCUCCUUCGUUAUAUAUGCUUGAUCUUGGCCUAAACAGUCUCUCAGACCCCCUCCACAGCGGCCGCAUCGUAAUCGGCAGCCCUGAUGGACGCAAGCUUCGAACGAUUGUAUCCGGGCAAGCUCUUCCUGACGGACUCGACAUAUCCCUCAAAACGGGACGCAUCUACUGGACCAACAUGGGGAUUCCUGAGUCUAACGAUGGGACGGUACAAUCCUGCAGACUCGACGGUAGUGAUAUCAAGACCAUCAUCCAACCCGGUUCCGUGCACACCCCGAAGCAACUGAUUAUUGACCAGGAAGGCGACAGGUUGUACUUUUGUGAUCGAGAGGGGAUGAGAGUCAUGAGAUGUAAAAUUGAUGGUUCAGAGCAUGAGACUUUGAUCAAAAGGGGCGACUGGAGAGACGAGAAGGAUGCUGCUAAUCAAAUGAACUGGUGUGUGGGUGUCAGCAUUAACAAGAAAGAGGGAAAGUUCUAUUGGACCCAAAAAGGUCUUUCGAAAGGCGGAAAGGGGAGGAUCUUUCGCGCCAACAUUGAGAUGCCUGAAGGUCAAAAUGCUGAGGACCGUACAGACAUUGAACUGCUGUUUUCUGGACUUCCUGAGCCGAUUGAUAUGGAGAUCGACGAGGACAAUCAGCAGUUAUUCUGGACGGAUCGUGGAGAUCCUCCGAUGGGAAACAGUUUGAAUUCGGUGAAGCUAAGCGAACUGAAGUCACUGAAGGAGGGAGAGAAGAAUCCGCAGUAUGAUAUCUUAGCACGGCAACUGCAUGAGGCAAUUGGUCUGAAACUAGAUCAGGUGAAUAGACAUAUCUACCUCACAGAUCUCGGGGGUUCGGUUUAUAGGUGCGCCAUGGACGGGAAGGACAAGAAGAGGGUCUACGAAGAGGAAUUCUCGUUCUCGGGAAUUACACUUGCACAUGUAUAG